AUGUCGCGACUAGUCGGAGGGACUUUCCUCAAGAGCCGCAAUAUCAGCGACGGUGAAGUUGCAGUGGCUCUCCCCUACGAGCCGAACCCAAAAUUGGACUAUUAUUCUGGCGGUGGUUUCUCCAACGUCUUUGGACAGCCUGCCUACCAAGCUGACGCAGUGUCUCACUAUCUGACGGCGUACCCUCCUCCGUACAGCGCAGACAUCUACAAUAGCAGCGGUCGCGGGUAUCCGGACAUCUCGGCCAUAGGACUCAACGUCUCGGUCGUGCUCUUGGGCGAUGUCUAUGUCGCGGGUGGCACAAGCGCAUCAACGCCUAUCAUCGCGAGCAUCGUCACCUUACUGAAUGAAGCGCGUAUCGCUGCGGCGAAAGGGCCCAUUGGGUUUUUGAAUCCGACCCUCUAUGCGCACCCAGAAGCGUUUAAUGAUAUCAUUGACGGAGGGAACCCGGGCUGUGGAACUGACGGUUUCCAGUGUCAGCCUGGAUGGGAUCCUGUCACCGGGUUAGGAACUCCUAUAUAUCCGAAGCUCGAGGAGAUAUUCUUGAAUUUGCCUUGA